AUGGAGAAGCGCGACUAUGCGGCUGCGGUUGCGGCGCUGAACACGCUUCAGUCCAACUUCUCCAUAGUCGAUGCGAUCCGCAAGUCGGGUCGCGGCAUGAACAAGCAGGCGAUACCGGAGAUGAUUGAAUGGUGUCGCAAAGCUGGAUAUGAGCCCUCAGAAUUUGACAGGCUGAAGCCUAUACACAUCGCCGGAACAAAGGGAAAGGGCUCGACUAGUGCCUUUAUCUCAUCUAUCUUGUCGCAAUACGCGACCUCCAGCGAUGCGCAGACUCCACCCUCGAAGAUCGGCCUCUACACCUCCCCACAUCUGCGAUUCGUACGUGAGCGCAUACAAAUCGACAAUGAGCCAAUAUCAGAAGAGAAGUUCGCCAAAUACUUCUUCGAGGUAUGGGACAAGCUGGAGGCAGCAGCGAAGACCGAAAAUGCGCCCGCAGACGUGCCCACAAAGCCAGUAUACUUCCGCUAUCUGACCCUUAUGGCGCUACAUGCGUAUCUGAAGGAGGGUGUGGACUCGGCUGUUAUUGAGUGUGGCAUUGGCGGCGAAUUUGACAGCACCAACAUCUUGACAAAACCCACUGUCACAGCCGUCACGAGUCUAGGGAUAGAUCAUACCGCGAUGCUCGGUUCUACACUUCCAGAGAUAGCCUGGCACAAGGCAGGAAUUUUCAAAGAAGGCAGUGUCGCAUUUACGGCGUGUCAAAAGGACGAAGCCAUGACCGUUCUGGAAGAACGGGCGGCAGAGAAGGGCACGAAGCUACACACCAUCGACAUACAUCCGGCUCUAGCCAACAACGAGAUCAAGCUUGGGCUAGGUGCAGCGUUCCAGAAAAUCAAUGCGUCCGUGGCAAUAGCUGCUGCUGCUGCACACCUGCGAGCACUGGGCCACACUUCGGUGCCCGACCCCACCGUCGUUCCCCAUAUCGAACUCCCUUCCGAAUUUAUUCGCGGCCUAGAGCAAGUGCGAUGGGCUGGCAGAUGCGAGAUAAGACGCGAGACCAACGUUGCAUGGCACAUCGACGGAGGGCACACAAUGGAAAGCAUCGAGGUUACUGGAAAGUGGUUCGCGGAGCAGAUCAAAAUUGCUACAUCCACCGCUACCUCGCAAUCCAAGGUUCCUCGAAUCUUGAUCUUCAACCAACAAACCCGAGACGCAAAUGCACUUGCCAAAGCUCUAUACACAGCUCUGCAGAGCGGUAUCACGUCUGGAUCGCAGUCUCCUUUCACACAUGUCAUCUUUACGACCAAUCAAACCUUCAGCGAAGGGUACAAGCCUGAUCUCGUGUCGAUGAACACCAACCAGCAGGACGUAGAUACAUUGGCCGUGCAGAAGGCGCUCGCGAACACGUGGUCUGAUAUUGACAGCACUGCAGAAGUGCAUGUGCUACGUACAAUCGAAGAGGCAGUCGGAACCGCACGAAAGGUGGCGCAAGACUAUGCCAAGCAGGCGGGGGCCGAUGCUGAAGUUAUGGUGUUGGUAACUGGAAGCUUGCACCUGGUUGGCGGUGCGCUUGAAGUAUUGGAAACAGCCAAGGCGCAGUGA